AGUGAAUCUGAACCUCCAACACCAUUUAUAACCUGCGCUAACUCGUGCCUCGCCUCGCGUUGUCUCUCUCUAUAUACACUGCAGAAAGGCGUCAAUAGAAUAUACGGCCAUUUUCCCUUCUCAUAUCUCAUCAUGACACCAACAAUUGAAGAACUACUAAAGGAAUACGACUUUGAUCCUUCCCUCAUCGACAGGAUUGCAUUUCGCAAACACAAACAACCUAUCGCCAUUGUUGAACCCGAUCCAAAAUGGCCAGAGCAUUUCGCCCGUGCAAAAGCGCGCAUCGAAUCCGCCAUCGGCGAUACAGCAGUGUCCAUCAACCACGUUGGCUCUACCAGCAUCCCAGGUCUGCCAGCAAAAGCUGUAAUCGACAUUGACCUAACCGUCAAAGACAUCAACGACGAAGCGUCCUACGCAAAUGCACUUGAGAAUGCUGGCUUCCAUUUUCUUGUAAGAGAACCCGAGUGGCAUGGACACCGCUUCUUCUGCGACUACGAACCCGUGCCGACGAAUCUGCAUGUUUGGGGUCCUGGAUGCCCCGAGGUGGUGAGACACAAGAUCUUUGCAGAUUGGCUGAGGAAGAAUGAGGACGAUAGGAAAGCUUAUGAGAAUAUCAAGAGGGAGGCUGCGAAGGCGAGUGCUGAGAACGGGGAGGAUGUUAUGGAGUAUAAUAAUAGGAAGCAGAACGUCAUUCGUGAGAUUCUGCAGAGGGCGUUUAAGGAUUUGGGAUACCUGUAGCGCAUGCCAGCAUCUUGCUCUGGGACUAAUGAUGGAUUGCAGGCGAGAAAGCAAUUGAAUAUUAGGCGAGAUCAAAAAGGUUACAAGAGCUGAUUUGGUGAUCCCUCCAAAAGGAAUUCAAGAGUUUGGCAGUACCACUUUGCAAACGCUUGAAGAUACUACCAGCGAGUUGUCAUGAACUCAUUAUCUUAAGAUCGAGCUCAAGUUGAAGCAUGCUGGACGGAUGUUGCCGUGAAGUUCUUGUGAUACCUUCCAAUUCGAGCCUAGGUUUCAGCUAGCUUCAGCUUGGUCCACGACCUCAAAAGGACAAUGGCCGACUUGCUGCCUGAUAGCUCCAACUGGAAGUUCAC